GUCCCUUACUCUGCAACAACCUUAACGGCUCUGCCGACGUGUACUUUCCCUAAAUUCCCGGUUAACUGCGGCCCUCUUAACAUUCCUUCACUUCAAUUUCAGUUUCUCUCCAGAAACUUCUCUGCUAUGUUUGGUUGCCUAGAAAACGAAGGAAAAUGGAAGAGCCUAAUCCAGAAGCCGACUAAGUCUUUUGUACUCUCAGCUCUGUGCUUUGGUUUCGGGAAAGCUCAAGAUUCUUGAGAAAAUGUCCAAACAGUUCUGGCGCUUGUACCUAGCUGUGUUUGUUUUCUCGGUGAAUUUGUUUCUUGAGGCUGGUGCCGCGACGGAUAUGCUUGACGUUGUAGCUCUUCAAGAUUUUAAAAUUCAAGGACUAAAUCUCACUGGAACUCUUGGAGGCCAACUGGAUAAUCUCCAUAACCUGAAGCACCUGGAUGUUAGCUCCAAUAAAAUUCUAGGUGAAAUUCCACCUCGCUUACCCCCUAAUGCCACUCAUAUAAAUUUGGCAUGUAACAAUUUGACCAGAUAUAUACCUCAGUCUUUAUCUUUCUUGACAUAUCUCCGGCAUCUGAACCUAAGCCACAAUUUAUUGUCCGGACCAGUUGGCAAUGUGUUUUCUGGUCUAAAGAAUCUAAAAGAAAUGGAUCUAUCAUAUAAUAACUUCACUGGAGAUCUACCAGAUUCUUUUGAAUCUCUGAAAAAUCUUACAAAACUGUUCUUGCAUAACAACAAAUUUACUGGGUCAGUUGUAUAUCUGGCAGAGCUUCCGUUAACUGAUCUGAACAUUGAAGACAAUCAUUUUAGUGGCCUUAUUCCAGAGCAGUUUCGGUCAAUUCCAAAUUUAUGGAUUUGGGGAAACAAGUUUGACAUUGCGUCCAACUAUCCUCCCUGGACUUUCCCUUUGGUUAAUGUUCCAAUUCUGCAAAAUAUAAGUGGUCCACCAUCAACUCAGUCAAGUGCCAUUGAAGACUACCCCUCUCCUGAAGUAAGUGGAGCCAACAAGAAAAGGCUGAGCCCUGGAGCAAUAGGUUCUACAGUGUCUGGGGUGAUUCUGGUGGUCACUGGUGCAGCAUUGCUCUUUGCAAUCCACAUAAAACGAUCACGUGCACAAAGGCUUAACAGCUUGGAUAGCACUGGUAACAGGCUCCACUCUCUUCCAGACAAUGCAGCAAGAGAUGAGGCCCUACAAUUCUCAUCGAUCAGCCCUUCAUCUGCUCUUGCCACGAGGCAUAUUCUUCCUGUUCAACCAACUGGACCAGACAAAAUGUGUAAGAGAAGAAAAAGUUUAGUGAAGCAACAUAAUAUGACAAGAAUUGCAAAUGCUUACACUUUGGCAGAGCUCCAAUUAGCUACAAACAGCUUCAGUGAAGAGAACCUUGUUGCAGAGGGAUCGCUUGGUUCUGUUUACAAAGCCGAGUUCCCUGAUGGCCAUGUUGUGGCUGUGAAAAACAUCAACAUGGUAUCAUUGUCAUUCUGUGAAGAAGAGCAAUUCAUGGAUGUCAUUCGGAGAGCAUCACAACUAAGGCACCCCAACAUCAUAACUCUUCUUGGUUAUUGUGUGGAAAAUGGACAGCAUCUUAUUGUCUACGAGUAUGUAAGAAACUUUUCUCUUGAUGAUGCGCUGCAUAAUGAAGCCCACAAGCCACUGCCUUGGGGACUUCGCCUCUGUAUUGCACUUGGUAUUGCUCGGGCUUUGAACUAUUUGCACUCCAAAUUCUCGCCUCCUGUUGCCCAUUGCACCAUAAAGUCUGCCAACAUCUUACUCGAUGAAGAACUUAUGCCUCGCAUAUGUGACAGUGGGCUAGCAAUUCUAAGGUCAUUUAUGAGCAACUCUGUGAAACUUAAGGCAUCUGAAAUUGCUAUUGCUGACACUGGCUAUGUUGCACCCGAACAUGGGCAACCAGGAAGUGACAACACAAAGAGUGAUGUAUAUGCCUUUGGAGUGUUGCUUUUGGAGUUAUUAACAGGAAGAAGGCCAUUUGAUAGUUCAAGACCAGAAUGGGAGCAAUCUCUGGUGAAAUGGGCUUCACUCCAGCUUCAUGACAGCACGUGUUUGGAUCAAAUGGUUGAUCCAAGAAUUAGAGAAACAUUUUCUUCCAGGGCUCUCUCCGGCUUUGCUGACAUUAUCUCACUUUGUAUUCAGACUGUGAUGGAGUUCCGACCACAGAUGUCUGAAAUUGUAGAAUAUCUUACAUCUCUGUUACAAAAGCUUGGCAUGGAAAAUGGCAGUCUAGCAGCUGGUACUGAAGUUGACAUCUGGGAGAAAUCUUUCGGUUCAACUUACACCGGCUUUAUAAGCUCCCCACCAAUGAGUCCACAAUCAGCCUCCUUCUCUUUUAUCGCAGCUUGAUGAAAUUUUUUAGUAUCAGAUUCCUAGAACAACUAAUCAUAUGUCCAUUUUGUUGUUGUACAGUCCAUGUAUUGGGAACUUUUAUUGUUCCCAUAUUGUGAUGGAAUGUGCUCUCGAAGUAGACCACAGUAAUCUCUCAAACAAAGGACCCAACUUAGA